CCUACUGCAACGACCUCCCCUGAUUUCAUAUCCGAUUAGUUCCCUUGCCUCGGCCGUCACUCGCGGCUAUUAGGUUGGCGGAGCUAUGCGUCUCUGUGAUCGUUCCGCAUGUGCUUAUUUUCACAGUUAUGGUGGCACUUGCUCCUCACCGUGGCCGGGACCCUUUUCAUUUUGCAGUCUACCUCGCUAUUGCCGGACGACCCCAUUUAUUGAUGCCGCCUAAGUUCGUUGACCGCACCUGUUAAUUACAUCCACUUCUGAGCUGCCUAAUCUGCGAUGCAGCUCCGGCUAUUGUCCGGCAUUGCUUCGUUAAUGCAUUGUUCGAGCAUAUAGGCUUCCCUGGCGCUGCUUUCCUUGACUGUCCCCAUCUCCCUGCGCAGUGGCUCGUUUUUUAAUUGGGACUAAUGCAAAGGCAAUGUGUGCUUUGGCAAGAGAUCGAAGAAGAGUUUGGGCUUCUAUUCAUCAUUCAUGUAGUCAAGUGUUUGAACUGUUGGAUGAGUUGUACUCGCUCGAAGGUGGCAGAACUGUGUAUUGUCGCCAAGCUUCUGACACAUAUGAGGUUCCAGGCUAGCAAUCUGUUAACUUCUGUGCACAUCAUAAUCUUGCCUAUUGCAACGUGCGAUGACUUCCUGUUUGCUGAAUUCCCCCUCUAAGCUACCAUUGGCACCGUUACUUUUGCUAUUCACAUUUGGUGCUCAACAUUCAACUGGUUAACAAACUGUUAGAUGCAAUCAACCAAUGCCUCUACGCGUCCUCCCUUUUAUUUUUGGCUGCCAAGAAUCCGCUGUCUCCUCCAAAGUUGUUUUUGUUUUUAGCCAUGCGGUCAUUCUCAGUAAUCUUACAAAAGUUUAUUUACGGCUUGGUGGACCAUGGUAUGUGCCUGUGGCCAUCGGCUGAUGCGGGUGAAAAUGGUGAUCCCAACCCUGAUUUUUAUAGACUUCUCUUCCUUGCAUUGGACCCUGUGGCCAGACGAGUCCCGGUCCCCGGUCCUUUUUAUCGCGCUUUUCGUCAUGAACUUGGUGAUUUCAUGAUGUUUAGGGACAAUCAUGGUAAUGAGUUUCGUGUCAUGCUAGACAAGGUUGGUAACAAUGCUUUUUUUUCUGAGGGCUUUCGCUCCAUGGUUGCCGCGUACAACAUAAGGCAUGGAGCUUGGUUGCGCGCCUACUAUGAAGGUGACAGCAUUCUAUGCACCUCAAUCAGGAACCUUGACGGAUCCCGCAUUGCGUAUCCAAGGCCACGUUCUCGGACCAGCAUUGCUGCUCCAGCAAGCAGUGGUGUUAAUUAUCAUCAAACCGGCGUCUUUUCUGGUGCUGUGAUGCAUACGGAUGACGUUAUACCUCCAUUUUCCAUUGACUACACUCCUCCCACUUCUCCUGUUCGUAGCAACGCUUUAGGCAGCCCAUUGAUCUCGACCAACAGCCUCGGCUGUCCUGUGUAUGUUGCCUCGACUACGUCACACGCGAGUCCCGUGGUCCACCUUGAUCUUGGUUCGCAGGACCGAUCACUUACUCCGACCCAUGCAGCAGAUGCUGCCAGUUUCUCCGAGUGGAUCCGUCGCUAGAUUUGUUCUCGACCUUUCCUCCUGACCCUUUAUUCUCCUACCAUAUCUAAUGCAUGUUUCAAGUUUAGUCUCGACUCCUCCCGUUUUCUCCAGUUGUGGUUUCGGAUUUCGUCCAGCGUCUUUUGUUUCUUUUCCUUUCUUAAUUUACUAUCGGGCAUCUGUGCCACUGUCUUUUUAAACCUUGGUAGUUUUAGAAAGGCUCAUAUGUAACUAUGCUAUGUGUUUUAUAAAUUCUGAUAUAUAUAUAUAUAUAUAUAUGUGUGUGUGUAUGUGUAUGUAUGUAUCU